UCUGAUGCGCUUCAGCAUGUACUGACCACUCUGUCAUUUUACGUGGCUGUUGCUCUCAGUUGCUUCGACUUUGUUAUAAUACCACUAACAGUUGACCGUGGAAUAUUUUAUGGACUUAUUGCACAAGUGGCAACCUAUCACGACAACCUAUCACAGUACCACACUUGAAUUCACUGAGCUCCUGAGAGCAACCCAUUCCUUCACAAAUGUUUGUAGAAGCAGUCUGCAUGCCUAGGUGCUUGAUUUUAUACAGCUGUGGCCAUGGAGGUGAUUGGAACACCUGAAUCCAAUGAUUUGGAGGGGUUUCCCAAUACAUUUGGCAAUAUAGUGUAUGUGUAUAUUAUUUGUUGUUUGUACCCAUA